AGCUUGAUCCUUCAAAAAUACCAGAUCUAUCAAAAUUAGAUCCACUUCUGGAUGUAAGUGGUACCCUAAUUGAUCCACCAUUUCCAGUUACACGUCCCUCUUCAAUAAUAACUGCACCAGAAACUGAAAGUGACGAUACAGAUGUUUUAUCUGCUAUAACUGGAUUAUCACCUAUCGAAAUUCGUGAUUUACAAAAAAGAGCAUUAGUAAUAAAACGCGUUAAAAAUCAAACAGCUAAAGGUAGAGUUGUAAGUAUGUACGCGCUGGUGGUUGUAGGAAAUGGUAAUGGAGUAGCAGGAUUUGGAGAAGGAAAGCACGAAGAAUCGCCUACAGCUAUUAAAAAGGCCACAAAUAAAGCCAUAAAAAAUUUAAGAUAUUUUGAAAGAUAUGAUGAUAGAACUAUAUUUCAUGAUAUUGAACAUAAAUUUCAUGGUACUACUAUCAAAUUUUUUGCUAGACCUCCAG